CGCGUGCGCCGUGCGCCGCCGCCGGCGGGGAGGCGGGCGCCGCAGCCCCAGCGGACGGAGCUGCGGGCACGGGCGCCGGCAUGAGCCGGAGCUCUGCCGCGCCCAGCCGGAGCUGAGCCGGGAGACAAAGGGAAGAGGCUGCCGCCAUGGGGGAGCAGCUCCGCGCCCAGCCCGCCAAGCCGGCGGGGCCCCCGCCCGCCGCCUCCUGUUCGCUGCUCGGCGGGUUGCUGCAGAACGGCUUUCGCCCUUCCAGCCAGGCGCUGAGCAACGGCGGCUGCGGGGACGCGCCGCACCCGCUGCUGCUCCGCCCGGAGCUGCCGCCGCUCAGCCACGGCUCCCCGGCCAAGAAAUGCAGGCUCCGCCGGAGGAUGGACUCGGGCCGGCGGCACAGGCCACCAUUUCCAUGGUUUGGAAUGGAUAUCGGUGGAACAUUGGUUAAACUGGUCUAUUUUGAACCGAAGGACAUUACUGCAGAAGAGGAACAGGAGGAAGUGGAAAACCUGAAAAGCAUUAGGAAAUACCUGACCUCCAAUACAGCCUAUGGUAAAACUGGCAUUCGAGAUGUCCACCUUGAACUGAAAAAUUUGACCAUGUGUGGACGCAAAGGAAACCUGCACUUCAUCCGCUUUCCCAGCUGUGCCAUGCACAGGUUCAUACAAAUGGGUAGUGAAAAGAACUUCUCCAGUUUGCACACUACACUCUGUGCCACGGGAGGUGGAGCUUACAAGUUUGAGGAGGACUUUAGAACGAUUGCUGAUCUACAACUUCAUAAACUGGAUGAGUUGGACUGUUUGAUCCAGGGCCUCCUUUAUGUUGAUUCUGUUGGUUUCAAUGGCCAGCCAGAGUGCUAUUACUUUGAAAGCCCUACAGAUCCUGAACAGUGCCAGAAAAAGCCUUACUGCCUUGAUAAUCCAUAUCCUAUGCUGCUUGUUAACAUAGGCUCAGGGGUCAGCAUCCUAGCUGUGUAUUCUAAGGACAACUAUAAGAGAGUCACAGGAUCCAGUCUUGGAGGAGGAACAUUCCUGGGCCUGUGUUGUCUGCUGACUGGCUGUGAGACGUUUGAAGAAGCACUAGAAAUGGCUGCAAAAGGAGACAGCACCAAUGUGGAUAAGCUGGUGAAAGAUAUUUAUGGAGGAGACUAUGAGCGGUUUGGCCUUCAAGGGUCUGCUGUAGCCUCAAGCUUUGGUCAUAUGAUGAGUAAAGAAAAGAGAGAUUCCAUCAGUAAAGAGGACUUGGCCAGAGCUACUUUGGUCACCAUCACCAACAACAUAGGUUCUAUUGCUCGCAUGUGUGCAUUGAAUGAGAACAUUGACAAGGUUGUAUUUGUUGGCAACUUUCUCAGAAUUAAUAUGAUUUCUAUGAAGGUGCUAGCAUAUGCUAUGGAUUAUUGGUCCAAGGGACAACUGAAAGCUCUGUUUUUGGAACAUGAGGGUUAUUUUGGAGCUGUUGGAGCUCUUCUAGAAUUGCUUAAAAUGACAGAUGAUCAGUGAUGAAGCUGUCUGAAGAGAUUCCUACUGCAGAUGCUGCUGGAUAAGAUUGAAAGACACUACAAGGAUGGAAAUGAAGCCAUUAUGGUAGUUCUACCUGCUGGAUUUGUAAAUAAUUUAAAAUCCUUUUAGCUGAUCUUAACUUCUGGGUUUUGAGCUUAUACUUCAGAAUUCAUACUGGGAAUAACAAGAUUUUUUUGUUUCUGUACACUGUAUUUUUUAGGGGAAAAAUGUGCAAAGUGGCCAAACAUACAGAUUUUAUGGAUUUAUUUUAAAAAGUGGAUACUGUUUAAUAUAGGACCUGUGAUAUGAAGCAUCUGCUUUUCUUCUGGGGUUUACUGAUUAGUGUGGUAAUUUUAACUUCAUUUAGUAAUCACUCUAGGAGAUAUUUUUUAUCUUAUUUUCAUGACGUUUCAUGAUUUGUUCUUGGUUUCAAAUGAAACUACAAAGCUGAUGCAUUUUGAUGUGAAAACUAGUAAUUGAUUUUUUUGCCUUUCCUUUCCUCAUUAGAUGAGACACUUCGAUUUAACAUUUCCCUGCCCCCCUGAAAAAAAAAAUAUAUAAAUUACAAGCUUUCUGUGGCUGCACGAGUUUCUUGACAAGACUGAGAAAACUUGGUAGGUGCAGGGAGUUUAAGAUUGUAGUUUUUCAGUUGUCAUGACUGGCAAAAGGCACAGACUACUAACUGGUUUUGCAGGACUAAUUCUCCGCUAUAUUUAAACAUUUUAAACAAGAUCCAAACUAAAAUUUAAUUAUUGGCUUGACAGUAAAAUAAAAUCAUGUUUCUGUUGAAAUCUUUGAUCUACUUGAAAAGUUCUGUAGUACAGAUGUUAUUGAUACGGUACGUAUUUGGCUUUAGCUGACAAGGAGAGAAGAUUGUUUUCAUUUAUUUAAAGACUUUUCUGUAGUCUGCAAUUUUUUAACUUUAACUUAAUUGAAAACAACGAAUGAAUGCAUUAUUCAAAGCCCAGUUUCUAAAAUUAGAAAAAUAAUGAAUAAUUUAUUUUUUGUUUCAAGCUAAUGUUAACUUUCCCUCCAGGACACUAAGGUUUGAAUGUUCAUUCCAAUACAUUAUUUUCUACCAUUUUUUGUUUUGUGAACCUCUCCAGGUUCUUUUUUAUCUUUGUAAUUGAAACCCAUUUGAAGUGUGUACUUAGGUUGCUGUCUAGCAUGUAUAAACUUGCUUUUCUUAGACACCAUGAAGGCUCACAAAUCAGAGGCAGAAAACCAGUCCAUAAAUUAUUUUGUCUUGCAAAACUGUGUGAUGUCAUGUAAUGUAAAGGACUUAUCAGAGGGACAUAAAUGUUCAGGAAAUUCAGACACAGGUAUUUUUGGAAGGGGGCUUAUUUCACUUUUUUAAUAGUCAUCAAUUUCCGUAUCUCACAGAUGUUGAAAUAAAUUAACAGAAGUGUCAACUUGUCUGAUGGAAAUAAAGACCACUGCUGUUUUGACGGUU